CUCGCUCCGACCACUCCUUUGUGCUCGUCAUCACAAUCACCACUACCACUUUUAAUCCCUCUUCUUCUUCUUCUUCAUCUUCUUGUCCAUCUUCUCUCUCCCCACGACCACCGCUACACUCCGAGAACACACAUCUAUCCUCCAAACUCGAAACAUCCUAGAAACACUCCUGCUCCCUUGGUCCUUGUUUCCCUCCUCAGCCUCUCCAGCUGCCAAUCCUACAGCCCUCGCCGACUUCGUUGCGCCCGCCGCCAGUAUAUACUUCGGCUUCCGCCCCUCCUGCCCGCCACCUUUGGUUCACUCACCCAAACCCCAACACCGGUACUGCUGCCCUUGACAUCUGCCAGUAUCGUUCCUUCCCUUCCACCCCGACCCGUGCUUUCCACUCUUCAGAUUCCAAAAUGGUCGCCCACCGCCGCGGCCCUUGGUCGCAGCAUGAAGACCGAUGGCUGGUAGAGUUGGUGAACCGCAACGGUCCUCACAACUGGGUCCGCAUCUCACAGGAAAUCGGCUCCCGCUCUCCCAAGCAGUGUCGAGAGCGAUUUCACCAGAAUCUCAAGCCUACCUUGAACCAUGAGCCCAUCACUCCUGAAGAAGGCGAGCUGAUUGAGAAGCUGGUGCAAGAAAUGGGCAAGAGAUGGGCCGAAAUCGCCCGAAGGCUCAAAGGCCGCAGCGACAACGCCGUCAAGAACUGGUGGAACGGUGGUCAGAACAGGCGGAAGCGCAAUCCCGAGCGACCAGACCAACGCGACCACCAACAGAUGCACCAGUCUCCCUACCAUUACCCAACCAUUGCCCAGUCAGGCUCGCACCACGACGAAGAGCCGGCUCACCACCUUUCGCACGUUCCUUCAUACUCGCAGUCCCGACGUCCAUCCCUCGGCCGCCCGAUGCACUCCCCUCGUGCUCUCAAAUUCUCACAGCCACAAAGUUACGAGCCCUACCCAGGCUCAAGACCCGCACCAUUGGAGCUUCACCCAUAUCCCUCACAGUCUUCGGCACGAGGCCGCGGUUUUGAGACACCCAUGCCUUCACCUUCGGGCUACUCCAUUGUUUCAGCCGACGGUGCGCCCUCGCUGAUCACAGACACCGGCUCAGAAUCACGGUCACCUAGGGGAGCCGCUUCGCCACUCGACCUUACUUUGGCCCCCCUAGUCGGGAGCAGGGAAGAGCGCAGAAACUCAUGCACCCGAUACCUACCUCAGUCUGGCUUUGCUGUGGAGGACGAUGCCACAUAUGAUCAUUACAGGCGACCUGGGUCUGUCCAACUACCACCCCUCACACGCACCGAAUCUCUCUCAUCAGCGCCCUCCUACCAAAGGCCAGAAAGGCCGCAGCUUCUCACCCAGACUGCUUCCUCUCACAUGGUUCACCACCACACCCUUCCUCAGUCCGCCCCUGUCACGACGCAGCGAGCGCUGCCUUCGUUUUCCACACUCGCCGAACCAGGGCGUGUUCCACUGCCUUCCCCAUCGAUGGCUAGCCCAGCCAACAGGCAACUUCCGUCGCCUUUCGCACGCCCCAAUCAGCUUUCGGAGACGAGAAGCGCGCCUGUUUCACCUCGGGCCUUGCCUCAGGACAGCAGGAUGAGCUUGAAGAACAUCAUGUGAACAACAUUAUCCUCGGCUGUUUUUCCAACCUUUACCACUCCGUUGGGCUCGCUGUAUGCAUACAUGUCUCACACUCCGACCGACCAACACCUUUUCCACCGUGCACGGUCUUCUUGUACGAAUCCUUUCGCUACUUCAGUAAAAUGAUUGGCUCUUUGCAGAGCACUACGGACUGUUUCUGCAUGUCAUCAUCACCGGCAUCUCUUCAUAUAAAGCAUUUAUCUUUUACCACGAACAUGAAUCCGACGGCGGAAAUCCCGUCCCGGACUUUUAUUUUUUUAGCCGUCCUCCUACUUGUAGAGCGACGCAAGGCGAUACCCUUUCUUCUUCUAUUUCGUUUUUAUCAUAUCAUGUAGGAUUAACUGGAACACAAAAAAGUGACGCGGUGGGGCAACAUUAGUUUUGAGGGUUGGCUUAUAUUUUCUGGAAAUACAAUGAUUUUGUCUAUCCAUCUCUAUCGCUCAAUGUUCACUUCCGCUCUUGACGACCACUAUGCUCAAAUCUUGACUAUGAUAUUCUGAUUCUCGCAAUGUCAUCCAAAGAGAGAUAGCCAGCCCUCCUUCAGGCUUCCUGCCCAGACCGGGAAGGAGGGUUAGGCGGGCGGGGCAAGGCGCGCAGGCAGAGCAGGGCCAGACGAAACAGAUGUGAAGGGGGCACUGAUCUUCUUCUUCUUUAUCUUGUUCUAUUUUAUUCCCGUGCGUUGGUUGCCCUUUUCCCUCUCU